AUGCGUAUGCUGCGGGCACAGACAAAGAAACAGGGACGCGCCUUGCAGCAGCUGGGCGAAACCCCGCCCCCUGUGGCGCAGCCAAAUUGGAACUUGAUUGUGAAGGACUGUGUGCUAAGUGGCGUAACCCUAGAAGCCCUACCCGCGGCCACGCCUCCACAGGCGUUCCCUGUUCAGGUUGGGCCACAAGGAGGAGCUAUGUGGACGCCCCUGGACGCUAAGUUGGUUCAGGCCCUUCACAAGGCAAUAAAAGAGGAAGGACUGGAUUGUCGGACGCCCUCGCAACCCGUGGUGGCACUGUGUACAUACCCAAACCUGUUGGACAGCCCAAGUUUUCCAGAAGAUGCCAAAAAGCGAGCCAGACGGAUCUUGCAGGGUUGUGGAGGAAACAGCUUAGGAUCUUACACUGCCAGUCCAGGUAUAAAUUGUAUCCGUGAAGAUGUUGCUUCAUAUAUUGGAAGAAGAGAUGGAGGGGUUCCUGCAGAUCCAGAUAACAUAUAUCUUACCACUGGGGCAAGUGAUGGUAUUACUACCAUUUUAAAGAUCCUGGUCUCAGGAGGUGGAAAAUCCCAAACAGGAGUGAUGAUCCCUAUACCACAGUAUCCCUUAUAUUCAGCAGCCAUUCUAGAUGCUGUCCAGGUGAACUACUAUUUGGAUGAAGAAAAUUGCUGGGCUCUAGAUGUGAAUGAACUUUGCCGUUCCUUGAAGGAAGCUAAGGCAUACUGCAAUCUGAAAGUCCUCUGCAUCAUCAACCCCAGAAAUCCCACAGGACAGGUGCAAAACAAAAAGUGCACUGAAGAUGUGAUACACUUUGCUUGGGAAGAGAAACUUUUUCUUCUGGCUGAUGAGGUUUACCAGGACAAUGUGUACUCUGAAGGAUGCCAGUUUCAUUCUUUCAAAAAGAUUCUGUAUGAGAUGGAACCCGAGUGCUAUAACAAUGUUGAGCUGGCCUCUUUUCACUACACCUCUAAGGGAUACAUGGGUGAGUAA